AUGACUCAGAAAUUGAUGCUCAUCAUUCCACUAAUCCUUCGCAUCACUGCCGCACGAGGACUCAUCUACGAGAGGUGGCACUACUUCAUUCCACGCUGUAACGUUCCAGGUCCCCAGCCAAUCAUUCCUCGAGAGUGGGGCCAGGAGUGGAGCUCGUGUAACGGGCAGCGUCAGUCCCCGGUCCUCCUCUUGCCGCACAAGUCCAUCGGAAUCACGCUGCCCAGGCUCCACUUCAAACACUUCCGCUCGCCACUCGCAAAUCCCGUCAUUCAGAACACCGGAAGAACAUUACGCCUCAAGUCAUCGAUGCCCAAGCCGAUCAUCUCGGGCGGCAUCUUGACGGAGGAGUACGUGUUCGAACAGGCGGAUUUCCACUGGGGACGGGACGACCACAGCGGCAGCGAGCACAUCAUCGACGGAAACAGCUACGCCCUGGAGGCUCAACUGCUCUUCAAGCUGCGGACCCCGUCGGCCCGGGCCGACUGCAAGGUCUGCCCUCCGGCCUUCGUCAGCGUGGCCACGCAGUUCCAGACGACGCGGCAUCGGAACACGGAGUUGAUGACCCUGGUCUCGCCAUUGAGCUCGGUGGCCUAUGCCUUGGACAGAUCUCGACCGAGUCUACCCAUCCGGUUGGAAGCCCUGAUUCCCAACGACACCGACCACUACUACAUGUACGACGGUUCCCGCACGGUACCUCCGUGCUCGGAAGACGUACUCUGGCUCGUCUUCCGAAAACCCUCGUACAUCGGAAGGGAGCAGGUGAAACUUUUCAGGCGACUAUACGCCUUCUCAGAAGACAUCAGCUGCAACGCGCACCUGGUGGCUAACCUGAGGCCCCUCCAGGACAUGGGAAAAACCAGGGUGCUCUACAGAACUUUCAAGUGCGUGGCCCACUAUAGUUAA